UUCAACAACAGCAUACGUCUGUCUUCCGUAGUCCACAUGAGCAUGGGGAACGUGCUCCAUCUUCGUCAUUGUCUUUGACCACCAUUGCCGAAUCAAGCUCCUCAUCUUCUUUGUCCCUUUGAACUUCUUCUUCCUCUUCCAAUACCGAGACUAUGAUCUUCGCGCUAUCAAUUUUUAGGGUAAUCUCCCGUGGGAAACGAUCUAACUUCUUCUUCCUUAUCUGAAUCCUUGCGUACCAUAACUCUUCGCUUGGAUCCAUUUGACUAUUGAUAGCCAUUUCCACUCCAAGGCAAGCUCCGAUCUCUCUGACAAUUUGAUCCAUCCACCGCUCUAGAGGAAUAUGCCAUAUUUGGUACCAAUGUUCCUCCCACCCAAACACUGACCACAUCUCCUCUUUAUGUAUUCUUUUAAUAUCCCCUUCUCAUCUUGAAGAGCACUCUUCAAAAACCGCAUCAGCGUGAUCUUGGCAUCCUAAGGAUAACAGCAGAACAUCAACUCGAAUCCUCUUUGCCACUACAUCUUCUUCCUCCACUACAAUGAAGAAUAUCCACUCUACCAGAUCCUUCUCUGAGAUGUGCUGACUGACUUCAACUGCAAGGCAAAAUUCAAAAGACUUCAUAGAAUCCUCGAGAACUUUGGGAUGGAUUCUCACUUCUGGUAUCUCCCCCGAUGGCCAUCUCGAAACCCACUUGUUUCCUACCUCCAGCUGCUUCUCUACUGUUUCAGGUCCUUGUCCUGACCUGUUCAGAACUGCAUCUUUAAAGGACUGUCCUCGAACCACCUCUGGAGCAUCCGAGAUGAAAUCUUCCUUCUCCUUUUGAACCUACUGACCCCUGAUUUUUCCAUUUCCCCUCCUUUGAAAACUUCCUUUCUGGUCUAUAUCUUGCCCGUUGAACUCUCAACCUCUUUCCCCCGAAGCUUUCUUUAUUCAAUUCAUAGAAUGCCUUUUCGAUUUCAACUUCUGAGCUCAUACGGACAAAUGUAAAUCCUCUUAGUUCGUUAAUAUUCCUUUCCCGGGGGAUUACUACUUACAUCACGAUUCCUGUAAUGCACAUACAAAAACCCUCUCAAAGUUUACUGGCAGCCACCCUUCCGGGUAACCCUUGACGAAAAGGGUGGGGUACUCAGAUAAAGAUGGGGUUUCUUCCUUCCGUCUCCAUUUUCAUGUUGAGACAGUUUUAUCCGCAAUACUGUUUUCCAGCUGCCCUCUUCUUCCCCCUUUUACCCCAAUUCAGGUUCCUUCUUCCUGAUUGUCGGAAGAGAAACCUGUUUUCCUUUCUCUUCCUGGAAUAACUCUGAAUUUCUACUCACCACCUAGCCCAAUCACUAAAUUCAAAUUUGACAAGCGGUGAUAGAAGUGAGGUCGGAUGGGAUAAUGUCUAAGAAAAAAAUUAAUAGACGGCAAUUGUUGAAAUCAAGUGGUCUUCGCCCUCGAGAUAUUAGGAGUGUUGAUCCAUCAUUGUGGUUGACAAACUCAAUGCCUUCUUUGCUGGUCCGUGAACAGGCUAUUUUAUUAAAUUUUGGCUCACUACGGGCAAUUGCCAUGCCAGAGCGUGUCCUCAUAUUUGAUUAUAAUCGUAAAGGAGGGAAAGCUUUUCUAGAGUUAUUGUUGCCCCGUUUAAACCCAAAAAAUGUGAAUGGAGGGUCAUGCAUGCCAUUUGAACUUGAGGUUGUUGAAGCUGCCUUGCUUUCUAGAAUCCAACGUUUGGAGCAAAGGUUAAUGGAUGUGGAACCACAAGUUUUAGCGUUACUUGAAGUUUUGCCAAAUCGGCUAACAGCUAAUGUAUUGGAGCAACUCCGCAUCAGUAAACAAACCUUGGUUGAAUUGGGUUCACGAGCAGGGGCUCUCAAACAGAUGCUUCUUGAUCUUUUAGAAGAUCCCCAUGAAAUACGGCGUAUAUGUAUCAUGGGAAGAAACUGUACUGUUAGAAAAGGAAACAAUGAGAUGGAGUGCUCUGUUCCAACUGAAAAGCAGAUUGCGGAAGAAGAGGAGGAGGAAAUUGAAAUGCUCUUGGAAAACUAUCUACAGAGAUGUGAAUCUUGUCACGGUCAAGCAGAAAGGCUUCUUGAUUCUGCAAGGGAAAUGGAAGACUCCAUUGCUGUGAACCUAAGCUCAAGGAGGCUGGAAGUAAGCAGAGUGGAAUUGCUUCUCCAGGUUGGGACAUUUUGUGUUGCAAUCGGUGCUCUGGUGGCCGGUAUAUUUGGCAUGAAUUUGAAGUCCUAUCUUGAAGAGCAUGUGUGGGCCUUUUGGCUGACGACUGCUGGGAUAAUCGUUGGUGGUGUAGCUGCAUUUUUCAUUAUGUAUUCUUAUCUCAAGUCAAGGAGAAUAUUGUAACCUUCUCGACCAUUCAAAUGUGCCUGCCCCUGAUAGUGAUAUACAUUUAUCCUGUAUUUAGAUCCGUUGCGAGUGAUUCGUGUGUAUUCCCAAAAUCCACUUAUUGCAUCCAUUCUUUACGCAUGAAAAUGUCUAUUAAUUGGAGAAAUAUCAUACAAAUAUUUCUUACUUCCUCA